AUGGCUCGCGCUGAUUCUGCCGCCGCCGCUGUGUCCCGGCCGUUGUCGCCGCCGCGGGCCGCCUCCGGGGCCCCGGCUCGGCCCGCCACCGUGCUGGGCGCCAUGAAGAUGGGGCGCCGCAUGGACGCGUCCGCCAGCGCCGCGGCCGUGCGUGCCUUCCUGGAGCGCGGCCACACGGAGCUGGACACGGCCUUCGUGUACAGCGACGGCCGGUCCUAGAGCAUCCUGGGCGGCCUGGGCCUCGGGCUGGGCGGCGGCGACUGCAGAGCAAAAAUCGCCACCAAGGCCAAUCCAUGGGGUGAGAAUUCACUGAAGCCUGACAGUGUCCGGGCCCAGCUGGAAACAUCCCUGAAACGGCUGCAGUGCCCCUGGGUGGACCUCUUUUACCUGCACCUACCUGACCACGACACCCCCGUGGAGGAGACGCUGCGUGCCUGCCACCAGCUGCACCAGGAGGGUAAGUUCGUGGAGCUUGGCCUCUCCAACUAUGCCACCUGGGAGGUGGCCGAGAUCUGCACCCUCUGCAGGAGGAACGGCUGGUUCCUGCCCACUGUGUACCAGGGCCUGUACAACGCUACCACCCGGCAGGUGGAAACGGAACUCUUCCCCUGCCUCAGGCACUUCGGAUUAAGGUUCUACGCCUACAACCCUUUAGCUGGGGGCCUGCUGACGGGCAAGUACAAGUUUGAGGACAAGGACGGGAAACAGCCUGUGGGCCGCUUCUUCGGGAAUAACUGGGCUGAGACCUACAGGAAUCGCUUCUGGAAGGAGCGCCACUUCGAGGCCAUUGCCCUGGUGGAGAAGGCCCUGCGGGCUGUGUAUGGCGGCAGCGUCCCCAGCUGCAGCGGAGCUGGCCCCAACACGGUGCAUAAUGUGUUCAUAUCUGGCUGUCACCCCUUGCGGGGUGCCCACAGGGACGCGGUCAUCCUGGGCAUGUCCUGUGCGGAGCAGCUGACACAGAACUUGACGGCGACCGAGGAAGGGCCCCUGGAGCCGGCCGUGGUGCAGGACUUCGAUCGAGCCUGGCACCUGGUCGCCCACGAGUGUCCCAACUUCUGCUAG